CCAUUUCCUCUCCUCCGCCUGUUACACAGGGCGGUUGGUGGAGCUGCUGAGAGGCAGCUCGCGUUCCCUCUCCAUUUUCACACAGCCCCUCACCCCCUUUGCUGUCUUUCCCCAUCUCUCUCUUGCUGGACUUGGCUUUAUUUGGCGCUCCCGGAAGCCGCGGUGCGUGUCUCUCUGCCGGCCUGACUGACACCAGCUCCCCCGGAGGGGAGGGGAGGGGAGGGAGGAGGCGGCCGCGGUCAGGGACUGUCCCCGCAGCGAGGACGCGAGCAGGGGGCUCCUCCAGCCAGAAUGGCGGAGACAGGGAUGUUGAUGGAGAGGCUGGAAAAAGCUGUAAUUCGACUUGAAUCAUUGUUUUCAGAUUCACACAGAUCCAUUGGAAUGGAGUGUGGAGCUGUAAAUGGCGUCAAUGGAGGUGUAGCACCAUACGUAGAAGCCUUUGACAGACUGUUAAAUGGGAGUGUGGCUGAGUUUCUCAGGAAUAGCAAGAUCCUUGAAGGUGAUGUGAAGAUACAUGCAGAAAUGGUACAUGCUGCUUUCCAAGCACAGAGAGCCUUCCUGUUGUUAGUAUCUCAAUAUCAAGAACCUCAAGAGAGUGAGAUGGCCGUGCUACUCAAACCAAUAUCUGACAAGAUCCAGGAAAUCCAGACCUUCAGAGAGAGAAACCGAGGAAGUAAAAUGUUCAACCACCUUUCAGCUGUCAGCGAAAGCAUUCCUGCACUUGGGUGGAUAACAGUGUCUCCUAAACCAGGCCCUUAUGUCAAGGAGAUGAAUGAUGCUGCUACCUUUUAUACUAACAGGGUGUUAAAGGACUACAAAAACAGCGACUUACGUCAUGUUGAUUGGGUGAAAUCAUACUUGAACAUCUGGACUGAGCUUCAAGCUUACAUCAAAGAGCAUCAUACCACAGGCCUCACCUGGAGUAAAACCGGUCCAACUGCAUCAACAGCAUCUGUGUUGUCCACUCUAACAAGUGGGCAGUGCUUCCCACCUCCACCGCUGCCCCCAGGACCUCCUCCUGUCUUCAAUACAGAAAGUGGAAAGGAUGAAGCAACCACAUCUCGCUCAGCCUUGUUUGCCCAGCUUAACCAGGGAGAAGCAAUUACCAAAGGGCUACGACAUGUCUCAGAUGACCAGAAGACUCAUAAGAAUCCCAAUCUACGUGCUCAGGGUCCUCCAGUUCAUUCUCCUACAAAAAGCCAUACUCCAAGCCCCACUUCUCCCAAAAAUUCUCCUCAGCAGAUUCAUUCUCCUUUGUUAGAACUAGAGGGAAAGAAAUGGAGAGUGGAAUACCAAGAGGAUAAGAACGACCUUGUUAUUACUGAUACUGAACUCAAGCAAGUGGCUUACAUUUUUAAAUGCAACAAAUCUACACUACAAAUGAAAGGAAAAAUAAAUUCCAUUACAAUUGACAACUGCAGAAAGUUUGGCCUUGUGUUUGACAACGUCGUGGGUAUCGUGGAAGUGAUCAAUUCCAGGGAUAUUCAGAUUCAGGUAAUGGGGAGAGUGCCAACCAUUUCGAUUAACAAGACAGAAGGCUGCCACAUAUACCUCAGUGAAGAUUCGUUAGACUGUGAGAUUGUGAGUGCCAAGUCAUCUGAAAUGAACAUUCUCAUCCCCCUAAAUGGAGAUUAUAAAGAAUUUCCUGUUCCUGAACAGUUCAAGACAGCAUGGGAUGGAUCUAAGUUGGUCACUGAACCUGCAGAGAUUGUAGGUUAACUUCCUAAUGCCAUACAGCACCUGCUGACCACAAUCUCAGACCAAGGUCAGCCUAAAUAAAACAGCAACAUAAAGAACUAGAAGUAACAGUAGCUCAUACUUCUGUAGUCGGUCUUCAAACAGCAGCUCUGUACACUAGAAACAAUGACAUGUCUGGCACGCUUUUAUUAGGCAUUCUGAUAUUUUUAAAGUUUCCACACAGUUUGCCGUCAUUUACGGUUUUGAUUCUACAUGAUGUCAUGUGAACGUAAUGGAUU